AUGGCCGUCAAAGAAUAUGCCAUUCCGAAAGGGUCUCGCAUCCUCGUUACUGGUGCAAAUGGCUACCUCGCUUCCAAUGUAGUCGACCUUCUAUUGGAACUGGGUUACAUUGUCCGUGGAACCGUCCGAUCGGAGAAGCCAUGGCUCGACCGUCUAUUUGAGAACAAGUAUGGGAAGGGCAAGUUUGAGAGUGUUGUCGUGGAGGCGAUGGAGAAAGAAGGCGCCUUUGACUCGGCCAUCCAGGGUGUGGCCGGAGUAGUGCAUGUUGCAUCUGAUACUUCAAUGCAAUCGGACCCCAACGCCGUCAUCCCCAAGGUCGUUGGAGGCGCGAUCAACGCCCUCAAGGCGGCGGCCAAGGAGCCGUCGGUAAAGCGUGUCGUGCUGACCUCGUCCUCCUCGGCAGCUCUGAUCCCGCAACCAAACGCGGAGGGCAUUGUGGUGACUGAGGAUACUUGGAACGACGCGGCUGUGAAGAUGGCCUGGGAUGAGUCUAUCCCUGCGGAGCAGAAAGCAUACCCCGUAUACGCAGCUUCGAAGACGGAAGCAGAACGCCAAUCAUGGAACUGGGUUAAGGAAAACAAGCCUGGAUUCGUCUUCAACACUAUACUGCCCAAUAUGAAUUACGGCAGGAUUCUGGCUCCUGAAAUCAGCGGAUCCACCAUGGGAUGGACACGCAACCUCUUUAACGGAGACGAUUCUGUCAUGAAACUGCUUCCUCCCCAGUGGUUCGUUGAUGUGGAAGACACUGCACGUCUCCAUGUGAUUGCUCUCCUUGACCCUGAUGUCAAGUCAGAACGUCUGUUUGCCUUUGCUGCGCCGCAGAACUGGACGGAUGUCAUUGGCAUCCUCCGAAAGCUUCGUCCGCAGAGGAAGCUCCCCGAUCCUCCUGAGAAUGAAGGACGGGAUUUGAGCGACAUCCGGCCAUCUAAGAGAGCGGAGCAACUGAUCCGCGACUUCUUUGGACGACCCGGAUGGACCAGUCUGGAAGACAGUCUCGCCGCGGGAAUCAAGGACAUCCAGUAG